AUGCGAGCCUUAGGCCUUGAUGUAUGCAUGCCCGACUUUUUAAAUGGUCGGCGUCGUUUUGACGCACUAGAAGCAAAUCGAUCACGUUUCAUAAGUAAGAUUCGAUGGGUAGUUGAAUCUGCAAAUGGUAGAAUAAAACACUUCAAAUGGUUAAACCAGACUAUUCAGGAUUCAACAAUUCCUCAAGUGCGUGAUUAUUUACGAACUAGCUGCGAGCUUGUUAAUGCACAUCGGUCACCAGCUAUUUCUUCAUUUAUGAACGAUGAUAUGAUUGUUACUAAAAUCUUAGAAAAUCUUCACGCACCGAAUUUACCCCGUGUACGUAUUAAUGAUGAAAUUCUUCGUUGGGUAAAUUGUGAUGCUUCGCAACUUGCUAAUUUUCCAGUACUAAGUAUAGAUCAAAUUCGAACAAUAACUGUUGGAGUUUUUCAAUUAAAACAAGCUCGCAGUUACUGUGAGGAACAGUGUUCAACAAUUCAUUUGGAUAAUCCUGCUGAUUUUCCUUUACAAAUACGUGUUAAUGAUCCUCAACUUAUUCGGAUAAGUUUCAAAUCUCGUCAUAGCAACACAAAAACCUAUUAUACUUACAUUUCAUUUUCUACACAAGAUAUUCUAAAUAGUUGCUGCGACUGUCCAGAUGGCGAUAGAAAAGUUGGAGUUUGCUCACACCGAGCAGCUGCUAUCGGGUUUCUGUCAUACCAACGAUAUAACAAUGGUCCUACAAUCAAUCAACCAUCUGGCUCUUAUUUAAACUUACUUGAUGAUAGUGAUCGGAUUGAUGAUUUUGUUGAAUCAACCGAUGAAGAUGAAGACUAUCGAUACUCUCUUCUUUAA